GUUUUCCGGCCUCCAUCUUACCGUACCAUUUCUUACAAUUUACAACGGACUCGCUUUCGUCGCUUCUUUUUCUUCAGAAUCUCUUCACUGUAUUACCGGUAAUGGCGAAAUUAUAUAUUUUUUAUUUUUCAAACUCAUUGAACAACGUUCUCGAGACUUAAUUAUCAGCCAACCGGUUGCGUGCCAUUCUGUUUUAUUGGCUCAAAACUUUCACAAGAUGAUUUUAAAUCUUUGUGUAUAAACUAGCGGUUUGUGUCAGUUUAACUGGAAUCAAACCAUCUUGAAACAAAUUAAAUUAAAAAUUGGAUUUAACAUAUGAGCUGGAGAAAAAUUGCCCCUUUUUUUUUUUUUUGUCUCCUUGCAUCAUGCAUUUCGAAAUUCUGAGCUGGAAUUCAGACGCUUUCCUUGCAAUCCAACGAGGAAAAUACCCGUCAAGCUUCAAUUCUUUUGUAAACGUAGAGCACGGAUGACAGCAAUGUUAAUACGCUACAUUUUCGGAAUCCUCCAUUUACUCCAAAAGAGACGAAAGCGAGCGAAUCGCAAGUGAAACUCGGUGGCGUACAUUUGCUGACCUCCCAUCCCAAAUGUGGCGCUCAAGAGCAAAUUGACUGAAUCGAAUGUUAACGAGGAAAUUGAAAAACAGAAGACGUUUUGACGUGAUGGAGUUAUUUGGAGAUCUGCUAAUCCCUUUGCUGAAGUUCUUGGAAAUCAGCACAAUUUUCCUUCAACGGGAAAUUACAAUAAGGCAUUUUUUUUUUUGAGCCUUUGUCAAGCACAGAAAUCAAAAUAUGAUUUCUUCUUCUUCGUAAUGUGUAACGUUUGUUGAGGGUCCUUUGGGAGUGAGGUGAAUUGGAGCUAAUCCGAUGUCAAUUUGCACUUAAAAGUUUAACCUUUAAAGCCGCCCAGGAGCCAAAAUAGACAAAUGUGCUUGCGUAACACAUUCUAAGACUUAAUCUGCAGACAAUAACAAUGGCAGACGCAGCAGUCGCAACACCCGCCGACAAGAAGGCGCCCCCAAAGUUCAAGCAGAGGACCACUCGCACCUUCAAGAGCAAGGCCCCGAAACCCGGCCAGAAGGGAUUCGGAGACGACAUCCCCGGCAUGGAAGGUCUGGGCACCGACAUCACAGUGGUCUGUCCUUGGGAGGCCUUCGGCGACAUGGAGCUGAGUGACCUGGCCAAAUACGGAAUCGUCUAGAAGGCCAAAGGUCACACGAGCUGAACGACCUGGCCAAUUACGGAAUCGUCUAGAAGGCCCAGGGUCACACGAUGCUCCUCUCGGCGCUUAUAUACCUCGCCCCUCUUCCUGUUCUCGGCGACAAAGUCCCAAACAAGUUGCCGUCCCCUUGUGCAAGGCACAAUGCAGGAUCUCAAGAAACUCCCAAAACGGUUGCAAUAUGCUAAUCAUGCUAACAAGUUUCAAAGCCGCUUGAACUGACGACCACCCGUCACGUCGCACUUCCUCCGACCACGACCGGCCCCUGCUGCCAAUCCUUACUGGAGUCUACCACUUCACAACCCCCCUUCUGGAGCUAUUCCUUCUUAUUGUACAGCUAUUUGUGGAAGAAAUAUAUUUUUAUGAACUAUGCAAAUGGGAACUUGGACAGUUUCCGUAGCGACAGAGUGGAAUAGGUCGGUCAAUUAAAUGUUGUCCCCAAAUAUGAUCGGGUGCUUUUUCUCCUUGUCUCCAUCAUUUCCAUCGGGUGUCCAAUUUAACAUCAAUAAAGUAAAGUUUGUUAAAUUACAAUAAAGUCAAAGCUAUGCUGCUCAA